UUGUGACUUUCUUCAAGUUCCGGUGUGAGCCUCUAGGGAGCGGUGUUGGUGACCAGAACCUGAAGGCAGAGAGGAGCCGUCGUCACUCGCACAGGGGCGGAUCCGCAGUGCCUGCACCAGCCCCGGGACAGUCCUGCCCUGCCCGGGUCGCCUGCAGAGUCGAUGGCAGCGGCUGCGCCGAGAGGGCUGAGCCAGGGAAGUGUGACAUUUGAAGAUGUGGCCAUACACUUUUCCUGGGAUGAAUGGCAUCUCCUCGAUGAGGCUCAAAGAUGUCUGUACUGUGAUGUGAUGACAGAGAACUUGACACUUAUCACCUCCCUGGGUUGUUGGCCUGGAGUGGAGGAUACAGAGGCAUCUUCUGAGCAGAGUGCUUCUUUAAAAGGAAUGUCCCAAGUGAGGACCUCUAGAAAAGGUCUAUCUCCCCAAAAGGCUCAGCCCUGUGUGAUGUGUAGCCUGGUCUUGAUAGACGUCUUGCACAUGACUUAUCACCAGCAGGAAACACAUUCUGAUCAGAAAUUACACAGAUGUGGGGCAUGUGGAAGACAGUGGUGUUUCACCACAAACAUUCAUCAGCAUGAGAAGCUGCAAUUUGGUCAGAAAUGCUUCAGAAGUAAUGGGGGCGGGUCCUUGUUCGUGAACAGGUCCAAAUUCCAUGUGUCAUGGGAGCAGUUUACCUGUAGGAAAGUGGGGAAGGACUUCCUGCCCAGCUCAAAAUUCCUCUAUGCAGAGGCCAGUUGCAUUAAGGAGCAGUCAAACAGCAAAAAUAAUUGUGGGGCUGUCUGUCACAAUGGAAAAACUCAAAAUGAGCAGCAGAAGGCCCCUAGUAGAGAACGCUGUUACAUAUGUCAUCAGUGUGGGAAAUCUUUUGGUAAAAGCUACAGCCUCAAUGAUCACUGGAGAGUUCACACCGGUGAAAAGCCUUAUGAGUGUGGGGAAUGUGGGAAAUCCUUCAGACAGAGCUCUAGCCUCAUUCAGCACCGGAGAGUUCACACUGGAGUACGUCCUCAUGAAUGUGAGGAAUGUGGGAAAUUAUUUAGCAACAAGUCCAACCUCAUUAAACAUCGGAGAAUUCACACUGGAGAAAGGCCUUAUGAGUGCAGUGAAUGUGGGAAAUCCUUUAGUGAAAGCUCUGCUCUCCUUCAACACCAAAGCGUUCACACUGGAGAAAGGCCUUAUGAGUGCAGUGAAUGUGGGAAAUUCUUUACUUAUCACUCCAGUCUCAUAAAGCACCAGAAAGUUCAUCGUGGAUCAAGGCCUUAUGAGUGUAGUGAAUGUGGAAAAUCAUUUAGCCAAAACUCCAGCCUCAUUGAACACAGGAGAGUUCACACUGGAGAAAGGCCUUUUAAGUGCAGUGAAUGUGGAAAAUCCUUUAGCCAAAGCUCUGCCCUCCUUCAGCAUCGGAGAGUUCACACUGGAGAAAGGCCUUAUGAGUGCAGCGAAUGUAGGAAAUUAUUUACCUACAGUUCCAGUCUCCAAAAACACCAGAGAGUUCAUACUGGAUCAAGGCCUUAUGAAUGCAGUGAAUGUGGGAAAUCCUUUACUCAGAACUCCAGUCUCAUUAAGCAUAGGAGAGUUCACACUGGCGAAAGACCUUAUGAGUGUACCCAGUGUGGGAAGUCCUUUAGCCAUAAUUCCAGCCUUAUUAAACACUUGAGAAUUCAUAGUCAAUAAAGGCCAGUAUGGCAAAUCCUUUAGUCAAAGUUCCAACUGCAUUUCACGCUGGAAAAUUAACUUUAGAAAAGUCCCCAUAAGUGUAGUGGAUGUGAAAAAACAUUCAGCUGAAGGCCUUCUCUGAUGACAGCACCACAUUCUCUUGGGAAUUACAACUGUGAUAUGCAAGGGUGUGUUUUUUUGUUCAGUAUGACAGCUCUGGAGGGGUUACAAUGGUACCAUCUUCCUGAAUAGACGUUUGUAUGUCCAAACAUCUGUACAGAUUCCAGAUGUGUAGGAAAUUUAUUGCACUCUUUAACCUGCUCUGGGCCCUUGCUGGAUUUAUAUCACUGUACAUUCUAUAGCAGGAAUUCAACUGUAUCUUCUACAGUGUGCUCUAUUCACCCAUACCAGUGUGUUCAGGUAAGUGAACCUGUGUUCUCCCAUUUGUGGGAGGAAUUUUUUAAGUAGCUUGAAUAUGUGUUCCCUUUUUAUUUCUUUUGAUGAGAUAGGGCAUGUCCCAGAUGCAGUUUGGCUAAGAAGACUCUGCUGAUGACUUGAAAGGAUUGUCUACCUUUUGGGGGGAUAUUAUGGUCUCACAUGACUCUUGAUGGAAAUUCCCUGCCUCAAAAAUCACCAGCCAUGGGAACCACCUUCUUCCCAGUUCUCUGGUUUGUACAAUAAAGUAUUUACUGUUUAAGCUGC